GCAAUGCCGCUCAUCAACGAAUCUUACGAGUCCCUCCCCUUGGUCGACGGCGCGCCCUCCCAGACCCUCGCCGCCGUUGUAGACCUCCUUAUACAAGCCAGUAUCGAGAGCACCGGCGCAGACAGCCUACAGCUGCAUCCCGCGCUGAUUCCAGCAGCGGCCUAUUCUCCACAGUUCUCCGAAGCGGUCGAGCUGGAGCAUGCGCGACUGCAGGCCGAAAAGUCGUCGAAACUGCGUGCCAUUGAUCUCAAGCGAUACGAGGACCUCGAAGCCCCCCCAAAUACCGAUCCCACGACCGACGAGGACAGCCCCGAGUUGUUCGACAAGUGGACCGAUGCGCUGAAGCGGGCAUGCACGUCGUCGGAAUAUAUAAAUGGACGGCUCACGCAGCUCGGGUUGCUGGAGCGAUUCGGCAAGAAUGCCUGGCUGAUUGGGAACUCACAGCUGGAGGAUAUACUCAAGGCGAUUGAGACACAGCUAGCAGAUGUGAAGAAGCAGCACGAAGAGACGGAAGAAAUGCGGAGAAAUCAACAGUGGGCGGUUUCGGGCGAGAUGACCAUGUUGGAUGACGCGUGGAGGCGAGGCGUUGAACAGGCAAUGGAGACUGAGGCUGCGGCCGACCGACUGAAGCGGCUGAUUCUGGACAAACGGAGGGCAGGUGCUGUUUAAGAUUUUGGAUAGAGGAAAGCCCACUUCGCCACCAGGCCAAGAUAACUGCCACAGCAAAGGAACGAUUCAUAUACUA